CUCAGCGGUCUCUUGCUGAAGGUGUCAUCAGCUCUGUGCAGGAGCCGGCGGCGGCGUGGGUCUCCAGUCUGAUUGUGCAGUGAAAAGUUGUUCCUACAUUAAAGAGCAGGAUGACGGAAAGAAAAGGAACAGCAAAGCUCGACUUCUUGAGGAAGAUUGAGCAGGAUAUCCAGCAGAAAUGGGAGAAGGAAAAGGCCUUUGAGUGUGAUGCGCUGACCACAGCUGAGGAGAUUAAGAAUAAAAACAAGUACUUUGUUACCUUCCCUUACCCCUACAUGAAUGGGAGGCUGCAUCUGGGCCACACGUUCUGCCUUUCCAAGUGUGAGUUUUCGAUGGGGUACCAGCGUUUGAAAGGAAAGCGAUGCUUGUUCCCAUUCGGACUGCACUGCACAGGAAUGCCCAUCAAAGCCUGUGCAGAUAAGUUGAAGCGAGAAAUGGAGCUCUAUGGAACCCCACCCCAGUUUCCUGAUGAAGAGGAGGAUGGAGCAGAGGAGAAGCCCAAGACGAAUGAUGAGAUUAUCAUCAAAGAUAAAGCGAAGGGCAAGAAGAGUAAAGCAGCUGCAAAGGCUGGAGGCUCCAAGUUCCAGUGGGACAUCAUGAAGUCUCUUGGACUCCCAGACAAGGACAUAGUGAAGUUUGCUAAUGCAGAGCAUUGGCUGGAAUACUUCCCUCCUCUGGCUGUAGAAGACCUGAAGAAAAUGGGCGUGAAGGUGGACUGGCGCCGCUCCUUCAUCACGACCGACGUUAACCCCUUCUACGACUCUUUUGUGAGGUGGCAGUUUCUGACUUUGAAAGACAGGAAGAAGAUCAAGUUUGGGAAGAGGUAUACCAUUUAUUCUCCAAAAGAUGGACAGCCGUGCAUGGACCAUGACCGGCAGACUGGAGAGGGGGUUGGUCCUCAGGAAUACACUCUGAUCAAGAUGAAGAUUGUUGAACCAUACCCAGCAAAACUGAGUGAUCUGAAAGGCAAGAACGUGUUCUUGGUGGCAGCAACUCUAAGGCCUGAGACCAUGUUCGGACAGACCAACUGCUGGGUCAGGCCUGAUAUGAAAUAUAUCGCCUUUGAAACGGCAAAUGGUGACGUUUUCAUCAGCACUCAGAGAUCGGCUAGGAACAUGGCUUACCAGGGAUUUACCAAGGAGAAUGGGGUGGUUCCUGUCGUUAAGCAAAUCAUGGGCCAGGACAUUCUCGGCUGCGCUUUGAGCGCCCCUCUCACCUCCUACAAGACCAUCUACGCCCUGCCCAUGCUCACCAUCAAGGAAGACAAAGGUACGGGAGUCGUCACCAGCGUUCCCUCUGAUGCUCCUGAUGACAUUGCUGCUCUAAGAGACAUUAAAAAGAAACAGGCCCUGAGAGAAAAGUAUGGAAUUGAGGAUCACAUGGUCCUUCCUUUUGAACCGGUGCCCAUCAUUGAGAUCCCAGGCUACGGCAACCUGUCAGCUCCCGUGGUUUGUGACGAACUGAAGAUUCAAAGCCAGAACGAUCGAGAGAAGCUGGCUGAGGCCAAAGAGAAGGUCUACCUCAAAGGCUUCUAUGAAGGGAUCAUGCUGGUUGAUGGGUUUAAAGGGCAGAAAGUUCAGGAUGUGAAGAAGCCCAUUCAGAAGAUGAUGGUUGAAAAGGGCGAGGCCUUGAUUUACAUGGAGCCAGAGAAGCAAGUGAUGUCUCGGUCAGCUGACGAGUGUGUGGUGGCGCUGUGUGACCAGUGGUAUCUGGAUUACGGAGACAAAGAGUGGAAGCAGCAGGCUGUGAAUGUCCUGGAGCCUAUGGAGACAUUUUGUGAUGAGACCAGAAAGAACUUUGAGGCAACAUUAGCUUGGCUUCAAGAGCAUGCCUGCUCAAGAACCUACGGUCUAGGAACAAGGUUGCCAUGGGAUGAGCAGUGGCUGAUUGAGUCCCUGUCGGAUUCCACCAUCUACAUGGCAUACUACACUGUGGCCCACCUGCUCCAGGGAGGUGUUCUCAAUGGGCAGGGGUCUUCUCCUCUGGGAAUCAGACCUGAGCAGAUGACGAGGGAGGUGUGGGACUACAUUUUCUUCAAAACGGCUCCUUUCCCCAAAACGACGAUUCCCAAGGAGUGCCUGCAGAAGCUGAAGGGGGAGUUUGAGUACUGGUACCCUGUGGAUGCUCGUAUCUCUGGAAAAGAUCUGGUUCCAAACCAUCUCUCCUACUACAUUUACAACCAUGUGGCCAUGUGGCCUGAAGACAGUGGGAAGUGGCCAAAGGCUGUUCGUGCAAAUGGACAUCUCUUGUUGAACUCUGAGAAGAUGUCCAAAUCCACUGGCAACUUCCUCACCCUGAGUCAGGCUAUCAAUAAGUUCUCUGCAGAUGGAAUGCGCCUGGCCCUCGCUGAUGCUGGAGACACAGUAGAAGAUGCAAACUUUGUGGAGACCAUGGCGGACGCAGGCAUUCUGCGUCUGUAUACCUGGGUGGAAUGGGUCAAGGAGAUGAUCGCUAACCAGAACAACUUAAGAACCGGUCCUGCUGACACCUUCAACGACCGGGUCUUCGUUAGUGAGAUGAACUCUGGUAUCGUUAAAACUGAGCAGCACUAUGAGAGAAUGAUGUACAAGGAGGCAUUGAAGAGUGGCUUUUUCGAGUUCCAGGCAGCGAAGGAUAAGUACAGGGAGCUGGCAAUAGAGGGCAUGCACAGAGACCUCGUGUUCAAGUUUAUUGAGAACCAGACCCUGCUGCUGGCCCCCAUCUGCCCCCACCUGUGUGAAUACACCUGGACCCUGCUAGGGAAGACUGGUUCUCUGAUGAAGGCGAGCUGGCCUGUGGCCGGUCCAGUGGAUGAAAUUCUGAUCCGAUCCUCACAGUAUCUGAUGGAGACUGCCCAUGACCUGCGUCUGCGCCUCAAGGCCUACUUGCAGCCUCCUAAGAAUAAGAAAGGAGACAACAGACCUCCAGGCAAACCCUCUCACUGUACAGUCUAUGUGGCAAAGAGCUACCCGCCCUGGCAGCACAGCGCCCUCUCUCUGCUGGGCAAGCACUACAAGAGCAACAAUGGAACUUUGCCUGACAACAAGGUCAUCGCCAUGGAGCUGGGUGCCAUGCCAGAACUGAAGAAGUACAUGAAGCGGGUGAUGCCGUUUGUGGCCAUGAUUAAGGACAACCUGGAAAAGAAUGGGCCGAGGGUGUUGGAUCUGGAGCUGGAGUUUGAUGAGCGAGCAGUUCUGCUGGAGAAUAUUGUUUAUCUGACCAAUUCUCUGGAGCUGGAUCAGAUAGAUGUCCUAUUCGCUUCUGAAGCAGACGAAAAAGUAAAAGAGGACUGUUGCCCGGGGAAACCGUUCAGUGUCUUCAGAUCUGAGCCUGGAGUGUCUGUGUCCCUGCUGAACCCUCAGCCGUCCAACGGCCUCUUCUCUACCAGAAUCGACAUCCGGCAGGGAGACAGCAAGGACAGCAUCAUCCGCAGACUGUCCAAAACCAGUAGAGGCAUUAAAGAUUUGUCCAAGGUGAAGCUCAUGCGGUUUGAGGACCCGGUGCUUGGACCCCGCAGGGUACCGGUUUUGGGAAAAGAAGAGCAGGGGAAACUUCCCGUCUCAGACAAGUCAGUCUUCCACAUCAGUCUGGAGGAGAAGAAAGUGCACCUGAGUGACAACGGCCUGAAGGUGGACAUUGGAGACACUCUUAUCUACCUGGUCCAGUGAGAUUUGGAACUCUUCAAAGGGGAAAAAACAGCCAACACAGUUUCUACCAUUUCUACUCCUUUGACCCCAAUUUUAAGUGAUUGCCACCAAUCUAUAAUAGCCUGUCUGAGUAAGUGACUGACUGUUGUAGCAUUAGCUAGCACUUAGCCUAGAGUUGGAGCGCUAAUGCUAAAACAGCCUAGCACUGUAAUUAUGGUAAAAACAAGGUCGGGUUUAUUUCUGUUACAGUGUGUCUACUCUAUAUGUUCUUGUUUAGUGUUGCAGUCAAAUACAUUUGGGGGGAAAAGCUAAUAUUAUAUUUAUGUGGCUUUUAUAUCUCUGGGCAUCACAUAUUUCUUAUGUCAUUCUGUUGCUGUUCACAUAAAACCCCUUAUUUUUGCAUUUUUGACAAACAUUAAAUCUGGCAGUUGUUCUCAUCGUUGUUUCGUAACUUUGUGAUGAACGAUCCAAUAGGAAAGCUCCAAAAUGACUUGAAAUAAAUUAGUUUUACAUUGAUUUUCAUUGUUUUUUUUCCUCUGGCAAUGACCAGUGUUUGUAUAUACACUGAUAUACACAGUUAUAACAUUACCAACACCUCCUUGUUCCUACAGUCAGUGGUAAUUACGUAUAUCAGCUCCACUAAGCAUAUAUGUUUUAAACACUUUGUUUUUUUCAAUGGUCAGAGGCUGCUGCCCACAGAACGCUACCCACAAAAUGCUGUUGACUGGAUAUUUUAUAUUAAGUUGGUAGACUAUUAUUAGUCUAACUGUGACGCUGAGGUGUUUAAAAUGACCAACCAACCAAAUAAUAGCUGCUCUGUGCUGGUCAUGUGGGGUCCAUAUCAUUGGAGAACAGCAGAGGGGGAAAAAUAAAGGAAUAAUAAUUGUAGAAACAAUACUAUACUAUACUUCUAAGCACUAUAUCAGUAAGGAACACCCCUAACCCAGCACCCUUUUCUUUAAGAGGCAUAGGUGUUUUUCUCCAGUUGAAUAUGAUGUAGAUGAUGAAUGGGAAAAAAAAGUGCUAAUAAAAAUAAAAGAACGUUCAUAAGAA